UCAGCCAACAAUGAAGCGCACGAGCCGGAGACGGAGCUCCGUGUGGGACUGUUUUGAACAAGUGGGCAACUUCGUCCGCUGCAUGAAAUGCGACGCCACGCUGAAGUACUGCGGCGGAGCCACCAGCUCCAUGAUGAGCCACAUGAGCCGGCAGCACCCGCCGUCGGACGAGGACGAGAAGCCGGUGAUCUGCACCGUGCAGUGCACCGAGGAGGAGGAGCGGAGUGCCGCUCAUCCGGACGCGGCGCAGGUCGCCGUCAUGUCCCCCAACGUCAGCGCCACGACCGCCCUCUCCGAGCGGGACUUCGGGGAGAAGAAGCGCCUGAAGAGGAGCUCGGUGUGGGACAUCUUCAUCAAAGUAGACGACGAGGUGCACUGCACGAUGUGCGACACGAAGCUCAAGUACAGGAGCAGCACCACCAGCAUGAUGUACCACAUCAAGAACAAGCACCCCGACACGACGCCCACGGACGGCGGGUCGGGGGCGACGCACGCAGAGGUCACUGAACUCAUCUCCAGGAUGAUCGAGAAGGACAUGCUUCCCAUGGACGUGGUUAGCGGCGAUGGUUUUCGUGAGCUCCUCGCACAAACCGUGCCCAAUUAUAAAAUCCCGUCAGCCGCUGCGAUCAGACGCCUCGUCGAAGGCCACUUCCAAGAGAAGGUGGAGGAGCUGGUUGUGCAGCUGGGUAAAGUGGAGAAAGUGGCGCUCACCGCCGACUUGUGGACGGCCCUCCCAUCCCAGAGGUACAUGACGGUGUUCUGUUCGUUCAUCACGGAGGACUGGCAGGGGAGGUCGGCCGUGCUGCAGACGCACACGCUGCCGCCGCUGGAGAGCCACGCGACGACAGACGGCGUCGCGGAGAGGCUUCUGACCACGGUGCAGGCCUGGGGCAUUGCUGGGAAAGUGACCGCGUGCGUUCAUAACGCGCGGGACGUCUCGCCGCCCCGCGCGCUCGUCCGCGUCGCCUGGGACUACGCCGCUUGCUUCGCCACGACGCUGCAGCGAGCGGUCAGCGACGGGCUGAGCGAGGAUCUCGUCCACAUCGUUGUCGCCGCAGGGAAACUGGUCAAGCACUUCAACCGCAGUUCGCUGGCGAGUCAAGCCUUGGAGCAGAAGCGAGUUCAGAUGUGCUUGCCGCAGCACAAGCUUAUCGAGUCGUGCACAGCUAGAUGGGACACCAUCUGCGAUAUGUUUGAACGGUUACUAGAGCAACGGUGGGCAAUCAAAGCUGUGCUCUCUGAUCGCACAGUCACCAACAAACAGGAAGCCCAAACCCUUGAGAUUGAAGAUGAUUGCUGGCAAAUAAUUGAGAAUUUCACGCCUGUGUUGGCAACGCUGAAGUGGGCAACAACCAUCAUAUCUGCAGAAACAGAAGUGUCCAUUUCAAACAUUUACCCAAUCACAUUCAGCCUCAUUCAGACCCACCUUGGUCCAAAAGAGAACGAUGUUGAACAAGUCUCUGAGUUCAAGCUGAAAGUUCAGGAUUCACUAAGAAAUCACAUGGAGGUCGACUCUCAUGACCUCGCCUCCAAACCGGCUCUGAUUGCCUCGAUGCUGGACCCCCGUCACAAACAUCUCAGUUUCCUGACACCAACAGGAAGACUGGCUGCAAAGGUUAAACUGCACGAACUGGUUUCAAAACUAGACGGGAUGACGACUACAGUGGGCCCAAAGGAUGAACCGCAGGAGAUCCAGGUCACGCCCGAUGUCAGCCAGGUGGCAAUGCCCUCACGACUGAGAAGUGACACCAAGAACACCAUGAUGUUGCUCCUAGGAGACAACUACAGUUCCUACUACGCCACAGACUCUGAAGCGCAGGUAGAUUACUACUUGAGAGACAUCGCACCGUCACUGGACAUAAACCCUCUUGAAUGGUGGAGGCUAAACGGACCAAGAUUCCCCAAAUUGGCCACUCUGGCGAGGCACUAUUUGUGUGUACCCGGGGUAUCGCUGCCGACUUUAUUGUCAGAGGCUGGACAAACAUUUGCAACAAUGCGAACGAGAAUGAGCCCAGAGCAUGUCGACAUGAUGAUCUUUGUAAACAGAAAUGCAUAACUUGUAUGAUAGACGUUCACUCUGACUUCCCAUACCAACAAUAAUAGGAAAAGAUAAAGGGUUACUGAGAGGAGCGAGAGGCGGUAGGUGCAGGUCAGGUGGACACCUUGAUUGGACGUGACAAGAAAGAGGGUGAGGAAGAUGGCAGCUACUCUUCCACUGUUGACGUGUGGCAUAUGCUGAUGUGAAUACCAUUUUUUAUUUUAUUUUAAAAUCAACAAAAAGCUGAGCUGCUGUCAACUAUACCUAAAUGUAGUUUUCAACAUUAAAACACAGGGAUUUGCCUCAACACCUGA